AUGGCAUCUGAAGCUCACAAUGAUAGAAAACGGAACCUUUUGCAUAUUGAGGGCCACUCCAUUGAUCUUCCUAGAAAAAGGAUCUCUCAUUUCACUAAUAAGAACAUGAAGGAGGGUAAGAAAUCUCCAAAACAGUUGGCUGCUUAUACAAAUAGAACAGUUGGAUACGCUGUGAAAAGUCCAGACAAACCACACAAAGAAGUAUAUUACAGAAAGAAAGUUCAUCAUUAUUUUCCAAAUCCUUGUUAUAGAAGAAAACACUUCCCUAGAAGCAGGGGCUGUGACAUGGCAAAUAAAGAAAAUGAACUGGCUUGUGCAGGCCACCUGCCUGAAAAAUUACGCCAUGAUGGUCGUACAUUUUUACUUAAUGCCAGUGAUUCUAGUUCUUCACAAACGGAAAGCCCAUCUUCAAAAUAUAGUGGGUUUUUUACUGAGGUUUCUCAGGAUCAUGAGACAAUGGCACAAGUCCUUUUCAGUAGAAAUCUGAGGUUGAAUGUAGCUUUAACUUUUUGGAGAAAACGAAGUAUAAGUGAACUGGUAGCCUAUUUGGUGAGGAUAGAAGAUCUUGGAGUGGUGGUAGAUUGCCUUCCUGUGCUCACUAGCAGUUUACAGGAAGAAAAGCAAUGCAUUUCACUAGGCUGCUGUGUAGAUCUGUUGCCUCUAGUAAAAUCACUACUUAAAAGUAAAUUUGAAGAAUAUGUGAUAGUUGGUUUGAACUGGCUUCAAGCAGUCAUAAAAAGAUGGUGGUCAGAACUAUCUGCUAAUACAGAAAUUGCAAAGGAUGGAAACAUUCAUAUUUUAAAACAACAGUUAAGUGGAUUGUGGAAGCAAGAAAACCAUCUUACUUCAGUUCCAGGAUACACUGGUAAUAUAGCUAAGGACGUAGAUGCUUAUUUAUUACAAUUACAUUGAGAAGUGUCACUACCUGAAGAGGACUACCUUAUUCAGAAUUCUCCUGGACUUUAUAGCUUCCAGAAAGAGGUGUCUUCUGAGAACUAUGAACCAAGGAAGGAAGUGGAAUCUUCCAGAUAUGCCAUUUAAUGAAACCACUAAUGAUACCCUAACAAUCUACUUCACAUUGAAGUGGAAAAAUAUCCACAAGGAGCAUCUUUGACUUCAAUGAGGUGAAAGUGCACUAUGAAAAAUUGUAUGUCUUGACUGCGUUUGGGAUUUAUAUGAUUAUUUGGGGAAAAGUUGUUUAAGUGCUUCUAUGUCUUAUUGCAGUCCUUCAUAUUGCAUAAAAAUGUAAUUUAUACUGACAUGAAAAAAUAAAAUGAGCAAGACAUUUUACUAGGAACCACAAAGACCAAUCACCCUUAAUAUUUUUUUAAGAUUGCGUUUUAUAAAAACAAACCACUAAAAUGUGUGCAGCUACUUUGUGAUCAUACUGAAAAGACUUUAAAGAUGUUUAAAACAACAUAGCAAAUAAUGGAUAAUUUUUUCAUACUGAGAUACUGUGUAAAGCAAGAUGCCUUAAUUAUAGUCUGUUUGAAAAAGCCAAUGUAUUAUGUUACUUAUAUCGUUUAAAACAGUCAUGCAUACAAGCAUGAAAUCAGGGGUUUUACAUUCUUGUACAAUAUUGGUUUUGGAACCUAUUUCACAGUUUGAAAAACUUGAGUAUAUUUUUCUCUGAUUUUUGCCAGAAUUUAUGUGUGUGU